GCCGCACCACUUUUUGGGCAAGCUCCAUACCAGAAACCGGAGACUUUUUUUUUGGCCUAAUGGAUGAGGAAAUGGAAUAUUUAUUGUUUUAACUUUUGUUCCCCUUUUAAAGAUGUUUUUCUUUCGAUAGCAAAAAGAAGUACGGUAUUAAUAUUAUUGUUUAAAUUUAUGAUUCACUGUAUGCAGUAUUUAUUUUGUGAUCAGCGAACCCGGAAGUCUCGAGUAAGAUGAGGCCCUAGUUAAUUGUUUUGGAAGUCGUUGUCAUUAUACGAUGAAGUGUUUAUUUUUCAGCUUCAAGUUCCUCUUUUCACAGGGAAGUCAAAACAAUGGUUUAACUUGCCCGGUCCAGUCCUUAUCGCUGGGAUGGUUCCCGGCGUGCGUGCGACUAAAGAAUAGCAGACGCGGGCAUCAGUGAUGAAUGAGGAACAGCGAAAAGCUAAUAAUGACACAUUUUGAGCAGAACUUCCGAUCGCUUUAUAUAAAUAAUUCUAUUCCACUUGCAUUUCCGGUUUAAUAAAGGAAUCAUCUUCCUAGACUGGUGCCCCGUUGAUUCUUGCCUUUUCAUUGUUGACCCAAAGCUCACGAACUUGGAAAACACGACCAGGAAACUCCGUGGGACGCGUUGCCAAAUACAUAGUUUUAAUGAUGAUUCGAUUGAAAGGGCGAAUUGUGGUCAGUGGUUUAUUUGGGUAGGUUUAAACAAGCAGCAAUCAUUUGUGCCUUCAUUUCAUCCGUGGAGUGUGAGUGGGCCAACAACUCACCAGUCACCUUUGUUAUAAGCAGAAUUUGUGAUCGCUUUGACAGCAAUAGUUUCGUAUAUACAUACAAAUUGUACUAAACAUCUGACAGCAAACCACUGCUGGCACAGGCCUAUAUACAAGCUGGCAACCUUUCACCACAUUCGUGAAGAUUGCAACUUUCACUAGGAGAUCAAACUGCUCUGGCUCUUAAAGGUUCCAGUUUCGUUUUCACUCAUCCAAGUAGCUCGAUCUUACUGCGCGUCAUUCAUCGGCAGCAUGUCGACGGCUUCACGCGGCAACCAGCGUCUCCUCGACUCGGAGUCCGCGUACCCUUGGUAUAGCGGGACAGCCGACCACGAACUGUUGGAGAGAAGCGACUCGGGGCCGGCCGCCCGAGAUGACCGCAAACUCGCUGCCAAACCAUCCCGCUGGCCGUGGUUCAUCUGGCUUCUGCUGAAGCUGAUCGGCUUGUACAACCACCGGCCCGCGGUGGCCAGGCGGAGGCAGUGCCUCCAGUGCCGGCUCACCGCUGCCGAGAUGCGGUGCGUGAUCAGAGGGGAAGGGGUGCCGGAGUACCUGUAUCCGGGGGCCUGUCCCUCGGAAGACGAGGAGGGUCCGGAGGGUGGAGAGCCCCGCGCGAUCAACGCCCAACCCACGGUCCGUGAAGAAGCGGGCAACGGUGAAGAGGAGACGGGUUUCCUGGUUCGUGAUGACCCAUGUCUGGUGUGCCGAAGCGAAUGGUGGGACGCCUAUGGACGAUACCGGCCUUACACCGAAGAAGACAUUGGCGUCACAAGAUGGAACCACCGUGGUAGCGCCGCCCUCUCUGUGAUUUGGCUCAUCCUCGUGAUCGUCCCCAACAUGGUCGCCUUCCUGCCCUACCUCGUAAAUUACUGGGGCAACGACGACCGGAAAGUUGACCUAGUCAUCUACUCCGGCUUCAUGCUCUUUGUCGUCCAUGUCCCAGUCCUUUGUCUUGCCGCCAAUGUCACCAACAUGCUCCGUGAUUGGCAGAGGCAGUGUCGGAGUUACGCCUGGACCAACGCCCUCGGCAUCCAGUACAUCAUUAAGCGGCUUCAGCACCUGGAUCUGAGGGAACGAGGUCUGCCUUACAAGGCCUUCCUGCUGGUCUGCUUGGUCUGGCCGCUCUUCAACAGCUUAUGGAGGGUUGUGGUAUACUACGUUCCCUUUGAGUACAUACAUAGUCCGAUCAUCAACAUCUCCCUGGUGUCUUGCACCGUCGGUAUGCAGAUCUGGGGCGCCUUCUGUUACCUCGUGGUCCUGAUGCGGCUCUCCUUCCAGAGGCAGUUUGAGAUGGAGUUGGCGUUCCUCCGGAAGCACAGAGGCAUCUUGGGCCGAUGCCGUCGGCGACUGACGCUCUUCAUGGAAGAUUUUGGCAGCUUGGGCAGCCUGUCUACCAUCUGGAUCAUGUUCAGCAUUGCCGUAGCCACGUGGUCCAUUGCAACCCAGGUCUAUUACGACUACGCCACCUACGACAGCAGGCACAACCAGACAACGCAGCCUUUCCAAACCAAUAAGGAGCUAGACCUUCUCAUCUGGUCCGAGAUCAGCAUGUUCCUGCUUCUGCCGCUGGUGGCCGUGGGCGGGCUGGAUCUGAACGGGCUCUGGGUCCGAUUCCGGCGCCACGUCGGUGAGAUGCGUCUCGGAGGCCGGGAAGGGAACUGCGACGCGUUCUGUGAUCAGAUCCUAGCCUACUGCAACGAGCAUCCGCCGGUACGGAACAUCGAGACCAUCACGCUGCUGGUGUCGGCACUCGGUCUCUGCCUGGCUAUCGAGUUCAAGGAGAGAGACGAUUUUGACAUCUUACAUACGAAUCACCACACUUAAGACUACUCAAUACACCCAUGCAUGGCAGGCUAAUUAUUCUUCGUAGUCUAUGUUAGGAAAAUCGGGAAGUAGACUGAAGUUAAUCAUCUUAGGUUAUACCUCUCUGAGAUCUUCUGUUUUACAAGGUUGAAAUGUGAAAUCCCAGAAGAUCCCAAUACAUAUUUGAGUUGAAGUGGAAUUGUCACACAUCUGAAAUAAAAAGACAGACUCAAACCUUGACACGAGUAACUUUAAUAUACAAUGUUGGAACUAAAUGCAUUGAAGGAAUGAAUUUUGCAAGUCUGGCGUAGAUUAAGUGAAUAACUAUAUUUCCAUCUGGAUUGUUGGCAAAACAUGAGUUAGAGAUUAUUUUUUUUCCAAUCCAAAAACGUGAAGAUGUUACUCACGAUUUUUUAGUAAUUAUGUUUCACUCCUAAACUAGGAGCUUCGCCAGACUGGCAACCAUGUCCAAUGCUCGACUGCCUUUUAUGCCCUUUCUUGGUCGUCAUGGUUGCCAGUCUGACGAAGCUCCUAGUUUAGGAGUGAUACGUAACUGCUAAAAAAUCGUGAGUAACAUGUUUACGUUUUGGGAUUGGAAAAAAAACGAAUCUCCUAACUCAACUUUAUUUCCAUUUUUAAAGCAUAUGACAAACUUUGAUGUAUGAGAAUCAGCACGACCGCUGAUCUGGCUUGGAGCAUUUUCAAGUUGGGUCUCGGGUUUCUAAAUUGUAUAGGUUGUAUAUAUUAAGUAAGAUACUUUUUGAACAAAUACCCAAGACCAAGUAUUUUUUUGUUAUGUUUUAAAAGGACAUGUGAAUAUUACUAUAGUUAAUGUACGUAUGAAAUGAUUCUAAGUCGUUUGACAAUAUACCAUCAUCAUAUUGCGGCCAUCUUGAUUUUUCCCCAUUUAAACCAAAACGAGACUGGAAUGAAAAAUAGUCUGGUUCCUUUUUGCACAAAAAGCAUUAUCAUUCAGUACUGUUAUUGGAAACAGGGAAC